GCUAAAAUUGCUUUAGAAGUGCCAUCGGGAGUUUUUAUUCCUUCUCCUUCGGUGGAUGGGGUGCUGGUAGUAAUUAGUCCUUAUCAGGAUAUCGAUAUGUCAAAAGAGCAAUUAACUUCUUUUUUACGUUUUUUAAAAAAUUGUUUCCGUUUUCGUCGGAAAACUCUCUUAAAUAACUUGGGAAGUUUUGCGGGUAAUUACAAAGAAAA